AUGAGACGCAGCCUACACUUUGAACUUGAACUGAGACAAGAUUGGCAACUGCAAAUUCCAAACCAGGAAGAGAAACAACAACUCGUGUUUGAACAAGAGAAGCACCAGCCAAUGGAAGAAGAAGAAAUUGACUUCUCAGAUGGUCAACAUGGACCACUAUUCAACAAUAAUGCCAAAAGCGAUGUUGCAAACAUGAAGCUGAAUCGG